GAGCAUUUGCUUCAUUAAAGCGACUUUACAGAUGGGUGUUACGGAGGCUUGUCCAUUUUCACAACAUUGAUUGGUCAAAAUGUUUCCUCAACGUAUAGGAAGAUGGAUGCUUGCCAGGGCACUCGUGCAGAAGACUGGCGCGCGUUCUCGGAGUACAGUCCCUGCAGCAGUGCUAGACAACACCAUGCAAGAAGUGAUGGACUCCAUUCAUGAGGCUGGGACAUACAAACCAGAAAGGGUGAUCACUACCAGGCAAGCUGCUGACAUCAAGGUGGCCGGAUUGUCAAAGAAUAUUCUCAACUUUUGCGCAAACAACUACCUCGGCCUCUCUAGCCACCCUGAAGUGAUAGAUGCUGCAAAACAAGCAUUAGAUGAUUAUGGUGCUGGGCUAAGUUCAGCCAGGUUCAUCUGCGGAACACAGGAUAUCCAUAAGGAUCUAGAGCAGAAAAUUGCACUCUUUCAUGGCCGCGAGGACUCCAUUUUGUACGCCAGCUGUUUUGAUGCAAACGCUGGGUUGUUUGAAGCCAUGUUGACGCCCGAGGAUGCUGUGCUCUCCGAUGAACUCAACCAUGCCUCGAUCAUUGAUGGGAUCAGAUUGUGCAAGGCAAGGAGAUAUCGGUAUAAACAUAUGAAUAUGGAAGAUUUGGAAUCACAGCUUAGCGAGUCUAUGGACUGCAGGAUGCGAUUGAUUGUCACUGAUGGUGUAUUUAGCAUGGAUGGCGAUAUAUCACCCCUCAGGGAGAUCGUUACACUUUCCAAGAAGUACGAUGCCCUUGUGUUUAUCGAUGAAUGCCAUGCGACUGGUUUCUUAGGUGCUACUGGGCGGGGCACAGAAGAACAUCUUGGUAUCGACGGCGCUAGUCACAUCAUCAACUCCACUUUAGGGAAGGCUCUCGGAGGUGCAGCUGGUGGCUAUACAUGUGGACCGAAGUCAUUGACAGAUAUGCUGAGGCAGAAAUCAAGACCGUAUCUCUUCUCAAACUCUCUCCCCCCUCCUGUUGUUGCCUGUGCUUCUAAGGUUUUUGAUAUGAUAAUGAGAGAUAACUCGCUGGUAUCCAAAGUGGAUAGCAACACACAGAGAUUCAGAAAGCACAUGAACGAUGCAGGAUUCAAAGUCUGGGGUACAACGCAUCCAAUAUGUCCCAUUAUGCUGGGAGAAGCUAGCUUAGCUGGACGCUUCGCAGAGGAAAUGUUGGAUCGAGGGAUCUAUGUCAUCGGCUUCAGCUAUCCCGUAGUCCCUAAAGGUCUAGCUCGUAUCAGGGUUCAGAUCUCUGCAGCUCACACUGAGGCCGAGAUCGACCAGUGCGCCCAGACGUUCUACGAUGUUGGCAAGAAACUUGGAGUUAUCUAAUCUCUCACCAGAAUGGCAUCAAGAAGGUGGGAACCGCAACGGCAAGGAACCUUGUCAAAAGUCAGUUGAGAGCAGCAUCUUUCCUUUAAAGUUGCCUGUGACAGACAGAGGAUAGCCUUCAAAUUUGUGCUGCUAAUUUUUAAGUCUGUAAAUCACCGAAGUCUGGAAUACAUUUAAUUAAACCGUAAUCCAUCGCUCUCAAGUUCAUACUACUCAUUCGUCUUCAUCAAUCUGGCUCAUUCAGCACUUUUCUUAGGGACGAGCAGGUGAAACGUCCUUCCCUGUGGUCACAUGGACGUGGUUAACCAUUCUGAGGUGUUGAAUUAUUGUUUUAGUGGCCCAAACAUGGAGUAGUGUGUGCACAGAUCUUUGUAAAUGAAAGGAAAAAGCAUCAAAUGACAAAGUUCAUUGGAAAAACAAUGAAAAACAAAGGUUAGAAAAAAACAAAGAAAUACAAAAUGGCCCAGUUUAGAUAGGGUUAAGGAACUGAAACAGGUCCCCAAAAAAGGCUGCAUAUUGUUUAUUUAUCAGAGGCUCCAUGCAAUAUUUAAUAACAGGGUAGAUCAUGGGUGUCGAUUUGUGCUGUGAGUGUUCUGUUCAAGGGGGGGGAGGUAAUCUAUUGUCCACCCCCCCCCCAUUGAAUGGUACCUGUACGUCACAGAUUGACACCAAUGGGGUAGAUGAUGUGCUAUUACUAUGCAUUAUGCAUGCACAAGAAGGUAUUUAUUUUCUUGUUUACUAAGUCUUUCUAUUAUCAAGCAUUUAAGUGUGCACCAACAUUAUUUAUUUAUUAUCAAUACCCUAAUUCCGGGUGUUGUAUUAUUUUGAGUCACGGUUAGAUUAUAUAAGUCACGGUUAAAUUCAUUAAUUUCCGUAUAAAAAAUUACAAUGUAACUAAAAUGGGUUUCUCUAUCCAGUGCUACAUAUAAUUACUAUAGAGCCUGCUUUUUUUGUCCCCAGUAGUAUUCCUGUCAUAACCAACCUUGAGUGUGUAUUCAUGCUUUGCUCAAGCAGCUGUCGAAGUAAGAGGGUUUUUUUUUUCUGGUGUGUUUAAUCCAUACUGUUUUAAUGCAAUAUACAUAUACUUUCAUGUAGAUAUGCCUUCAUUCAUUAUCACUCCGGUGGUAUUAUUCAGAUCGUUAUUUUUUCUAUUAUUUAUAACCUAUAAUCCAGGCAGAGGCUGCAGCUGUUAUAGGCUACGUUAUUUAUUGAAAGUAAAAGUACGAAUAAGAAUGGCUGAAAGAUACUUCCCUGAGGUACCCCACCAAAUCCUAGAGCAACCAGUGUUUUUAACAUUGCUAAUUUCUCAUAUUUUAUCAAAAUUAGUAGCUUAGUACUUUUAUAGUGCUCAAAGAGUGUCUUUCACCAAGAUCCUGUUACAAGAAUCUAUAAAUAAUGAUUAACUUUCAUAGAACAAUGGAAUGUUGAUGUGAAAGAUGCUUGGUGCCUUUAGAGCAGAUUUCUGCUGAAAGACAGAGCAUGAUUAAAGAGACAAAUUCGUUGCAUCUUUUUGUAGAUGAGACUAGUUUCUGAGAACAAGGCAAGCAGCUUAUCUUUGUGCAUUGAUUAUUGUUUUUUUUUACUCAAAGUAUCUCAAAUAAUGCUGAACUUUAUCCAACUAUGUUAUAUAAUUCUUCAGAGGCUAUUUUUAGAGGCAUUUCUUGAUUAUUCUUUUUCUUUUAUAGUCUACCAUUUCUCUUGAGAUCUCGAAAAGGUACAUGUAUUCAAAGAUACAUGUCACCUUAUUUAUGUAUUAUGUUUAAAAAGUGUUUGUUUUUAAAGAGGCUUAUUUUUCAAAUAGUGACUCCAAAGAGUAUGUUUUGUACUUACGUACAUGCCUUUUAUGUGGGGGUUUUACAAAAAAAUUAUUAUUUGGCCAAAGUUGUUUAGUUAUAAAGACAAGGUUCUAUGGCACGUCUGUUUGUAAGAAAUAUUUAUAAUGUGGACUGAGGCAUGUUCAUCUUGUGAAAGGAAAUUAUGAUUAUCGGAUGUUUAUACAUGCGAAAGAUGGGUGUAUACUUAAGAAUGUGUAUUAUCAGGGAAAUAUGAUGUACAUUAUCGGGGAGAAAUUAAGGGGAUUUAACGGAUUUUACUUUUUCUCGAUUUUUAGCAGUCAUUGGCGGCAAUCAGCCAAUGCAAAAGUCUGGAUGCGUUGGUUUUUAGCAUGUAAUCAUGUAUCAAAAUUGUUUAUACAAUGUAUCACAUUUCCAUUUAAAAGUUGAAUAUAUUUUUUGUUAAAAACAAAAGCAUCAUUAAUAUGUCAGCAUUUCUUAAUUGUUCAUUUCAUAUUUGUGGUGAUUGAAUUACUGGACUGUUUGAAUUAAAGAGUAUUGAUUCAUUUGAAACAUUGUGAUAUUCAAUCAAUUUGUUAUUAAACCAUGUGUUGGUUUACAGCA